AUGGGCGCGUCGGACGCCGCGACGGCGGCGUCGUCGGACCCGUCCUCGUGGGAGGCGUGGGUCCUCGAGGCGGAGACGCUGUGGAACACCGUCUCCGUCAUGCGCGGCGACGACGGGAAAGGCGGCGCGCCGCCCGCCGCCCUCGACGACGCGUCGACCCGUCGGCAUCAUCAUCGUCGAGAACCCCCGGCGACGCCGCGCUACGACGACGACGACGACGACGACGACGACGACGACGGGUUCACGUUCGCGUCCCCGCACACGGUGUUCCACACCCCGGGGACGACGCGCCCGCCGCGGUCGUCGUCGAGCGCGCCCGCGAUCGGCGCGCAGGCGUCGCCGACGCCGUCGCCGUUCGAACGUCGGUGGCCCGCCGCGCGAUUGUUCGAGCGGUCAGUCGCGCGGGGGGAAGGGGACGGCGCGGGAUCCUCCUCCGUCCCCGUCCCCGUCCCCGUCCCCGUCCCCGUCCCCGGGCCCGUCCCCGGGCCCGUCGCCGUCGCCGCCGCCGCGACGGCGACGACGACGGCCGCGGCGUCGCCCGCGCACGACGCGUACAUGGCGUUCAUGCGGAGCAGCGUCCGAGCGUUGCGCGGGGACGACGACGACGACGACGACGACGCGGCGGAUCGCGAUUUGGAUUUUGAUUUCAACGCGGCGGUCGGGGGCGCGACGCCGUCGACGUCCUCCCGCGCACCGCCGCCGCCGCGGCCCGCCGGAUUCGCCGCGCCGUCGCCGAUGCCGACGACCCCGAAGACACACGACGACAACGUCGGGAUGUUCGCGUCGUGGUGGGCGGACGAACGCGCGCGGGAAAAGACGCUGCGACGAUUGAUCGUUCGAUGGCGCCGCGCCGCGUUCCAACUCGCGACCGCGCGAACAGAACGCGCGCUCCUGUCCGCGCGCCGCGCGAAAAGUCUCGCCGCGCUCGCGGCGAAGCGCGCGAUGACAGAUCGCGCGACCGCGCGGAGGAAGUGGGACGCGCUGGAGGAAGAGGAGAGAGACGCCGGGCGUUCGCCGCUCGCCGCCGACGCGUUGAUUCGAUUCGUCCCGAGCGCGGGCGCGGACGCGUUCCACGUGCGGUCGUGGAUGCGCGCGCACGCGACCGCGGCGAUCACGGCGUGGAGGGCGGAGGCGGGGCGGAGCGCGGGGAAGCGCGCGAUGAGGGAGAAGGCGAUCGAGCACCGCCGGAGAACGUUGGGGGGGAAAGUUGGCGCGCGAUGGCGCGAGUGGGCGCGACGGGAACGCGUCGUCAAAGCGCGCGGCGCGGCGGCCAAAACGACGCGGACGCUGCGCUCGAAGACGUUCGCGCUGACGCGAUGGCGCGCGCGGUGCGCGGCGUCGCGCACCGCGAGAGCGGCGGCGACCGCGGCGGUCGAGAGCUGGCGCCGCGCGAGAAUCGAACCCGCGUGGACGGCGUGGGCGUCGUUGCAUCAGUUUUACUCCGCGAAGAACCGAGACGCCGCGGAACACUGGCUGCGCGUCGCCGCGGGCGCGGCGAUCCGCGAGUGGCGACGCAACGCCGUGGACCAGAUGCGUUUGCGCUCGUGGCUCGAGUUCACGACGCAGUGGUGGUCGCGACGCGAGAAGAUUCGACGGUUCGACGCGUGGCGAAGCCUCGCGGUGUUUCUCACCGAGGCGCGGUCGCUCGCGGAGGACGCCUUCGACGCGCGCGUCGCAAACGCCGCGACCGCGUGCCUGCACGCGUGGCGCGACCGCACCGCGACGCUGAAGCGCGCCAGAGCGCUCGUGCGCGACGCGUGCGAGCGGUGGCGGAUCGAUCGAUCGCGCGACGCGUUUGGAACGUGGCGCGAAGCCGCGGCGCGAGGGGCGGAGGUGUGGCGCGCCGUCGCCGCCGCCGCGGACGCGCGGACGCUCGCCGCCGCGCUCGAGCGGUGGACGAUCCACGUGAACGCGGUGUGGGAGACGUACGAGCCGGUGCGGCGGAAGCUGUCGGCGUGGAAGGACGGCGCGAUGCUCGGCGUGUUGUUCGAUCGGUGGGUCGCCGCGGUUGGACGCGCGAGGGCGCGCGCGAUCGUCGCGGCGACGCACGCGACCGCGGCGACGCGUCGACGCGCGUACCGCGAGCUUCGGCUGAUCGUCGCGUAUCUUCGCGAGCACCGCGCGGGCGCGAUCGAGGACGCGAAGCCGUACGCGGUCAGCAUACGUCUCAGAAUGCACUUCACGCGGAUGCGUCGCGGGUGCCGGCGGCGGAGGGAGGACAGAGACGCGCUCAACGAGACGGCGAUCGCGAUGGACGCGAGGUCGCGACGCGAUCGCGCGUUCCAAAGGUGGCGCCUGCACGCCGCGACGCGCGUCCAUCGUCGGCUGUUGCGCUUGCGCGCGGAACACCACCGUAAACGGAAGUCGCUCUUCGCGUGGCGCGCGUGGAGCGCGCUCGCCGCGGAGGCGGCGAUGAAGAGGGCGAAGCGGCUGUUCGACGGCGUGUAUCGCGCCGACGGCGGCGAUCGCGUCGCCGCGCGGUUCGGCUGGAUGUGGGAGGCGAUGAUACGCGAACGCGUGAGGGACGACUUCGCGAUUCGACGACAGCUGCGGCCGGCGACGCCGAUCAAGUCCGUCGACGACGCGGCGGACGACGAUUCGUCGUCGUCGGUCGGGUUCGGCGACCACUCGGAUCUCGACGAGGAGAUGUCGCUGAAGCCCGCGCCGUUCGAUUGGCGGACCGGGAGCGUCGAGGAGAAAAUCUCGCCGAGCUUGAAGCCGCGGUCGCCGAGCGCGUAUCCGACGCGGACGCCGCGUCGGACGCGCGGCGGCGUCCGACGCGACGAAUCAGAUAGUGACACGUCGGAUGAUCCGAAUCCGAAUCCGAAUCCGAAUACGAACGACGCCGCGGCGGCGGCGCUCGCGGAGGCGGACGCGAUCGAGGCGGCGAGGAAGAAGAAGAUCCGCGACGCCGCCGUUGCGUCGGCGACGGCGCGGCUCGGGACGCUUCUGAACCCGCAGGGUCCCGCUCCCGCGGCGUUCACGUUUCGCACGCCGCCGAGCGAGGCGGCGACGUCGCCGCCGUCGGACGCGUCGCCGCCGUUCCCGUUCAUCGGAUUCACCCCCGCCGCCGGCGCCGCGAGCGCGAGCGCGAGCGCGAGCGGCUCGCGCGGCGGCGGCGGCGGAAGCGCUGACUCGCGUCGAGGCCGCGUCGACGCUCGGUGGGAGAGGGACGCGUCGACGGGAGGGUACCGGACGUCGACGGGGCGCAGGGCGCCGCCCGGAGGCGGGCCGGACCCGGUGCUGGAGCUCCUUCGCGCGCAAGCGAGCGGGCUGAGGGAGCGGACGAGAGUCGCGGAGGAGAUCGCGGUGAGGGUUCGGUGGUCGUAG